UUUUGAAUCAAAUAUCAAAUGUUCAACAUGAGUUUUUUAUCUGUUGCUUAUUAUCAAAGAAUGAAAUAAUCUGUGUUGAAUUACCACAACGGUAUUUGUUAUCAGAAUUCGGUGUAAUGUUUUGAACACAGCUUUUCAUAGGUUAUUCCUUUCCUUCUCCUUAUCACUUUUUGGUAUUCACACCCAUUUCUUUCUGCAUUAUGUACUUGUUUCACUGUACCAUUUGAAACAUAUAUCCUUUUGAAAAAAUUUGUAAACACUAUGACGCCUAAACCCUCUUUGAGACUAGCAUGUUGGAUGUCCCACAAAAAGGCCCAGAAAUUUGAUUGGCAAGAAUUUGAAUCAGUUUGCGCUAAUCAUGGCUAUGAACUUUUCAAUGUGAACUUGGAAAGAUUUCUAGAUGAACAAGGUCCUAUUCAUGUAUUCUUGCAUAAAUUAACAGAUAUCAUUGCAUCUGCUAAAGAAGGGAACGAGCAGAAUUCUCAGAAAAUACAAAUGAUCGAAGAUUUUCUUCAGUGUAACCCAUCUAUAGUAGUAAUUGAUCCUAUAUGCAAUGUAAGACAACUUUUGGAUAGACACAUAUGUUAUCAGAUCAUAAGAUCAACAGAUUUAUAUAAUUAUGGGAUUUUUACACCAAACUUUUGUGAAUUGAACUACAAGGAGAUAUCCGAUAUUAAGAGGGAUUUGCAGUCUUCAAAUGUGACAUAUCCUUUCAUUUGUAAACCAAUAUUAGGUCAUGGUUCGAAGGAAGCCCAUGAAAUGACCAUUAUCUUCAAUGAAAAACAGUUGAAUCAAAUAAAAAUACCUUGUGUUGCUCAGAGUUUCAUAAAUCAUAAUGCUGUGUUGUAUAAAUUAUUUAUAGUAGGAUCAAAAUAUCAUUGCGUUGAGAGGCCAUCCAUAAAAAAUUUCCAUACAACAGAAUUGAACGUCAUAAAUUUCCAAAGUAGCGAUGUAUCAAAAGCUGGAUGCCAUCAUGAUUUAUCUAUACUGGAUCCCGUAGAUCGGAAUGUAGUCAAAAUUGAACCGGAUCAUAAAAUUCUAGGUGAAAUUGCCAAAACUAUAAGGAAAGAAUUCGGAAUGGAUCUUUUGGGUGUCGAUGUAGUGAUAUCAAAUAGGACUUCAAGAUAUGCAAUCAUCGAUGUUAAUGCGUUUCCAGGUUAUGAUGGUUUUCCAAAUUUUUUCGAAGAAUUAUUGGAAUGUGUGAAGGAAAAAUGCACUAUGAAUCAAUUUAAUGGAAAAGCUGAAGAGAAGACUGAUAUUUUUGUAUGAGGCUAUAGAAUACAGCCUGUGAAAGUACCAAAUGAGUAUUUACCUACUGUUCAAUUUUUGACUCAACUGGAAUAUUUUCUCAAAGAGUAUCUUACAAUAAUCGUAUCUAUUCUACUAGAUAGUUUUCAAUUUUAUACUUUUGUAUUAAUCUCAACUCUAAUGGUGAUAAUUCUUAAGAUUAAACAUAUUAAAUAGUUUCAGAAUAUA